CGACAGAAAUGGCUGAUAUUAUGAAGUUAGAGCCUAAACGAGAGCAUGUAGAAAGAAUUUGCAAGAAGGUAUGGCGCAAGGUUGAAGAAGUUAAAGAAUUCCUAAAUCUUCUUGAAGUCAAGAUUGAGUGUGAGUUCAAACGGGCGGAAUCUCUGAACAGGGUAUCAAAGUUUAACCUGAACUAUCUGAAGAAAACCCCUUUCGAACCCAUCUGUAAAUCCAUUAUUAAGAAGGCAGAAAAUGAGGCCUAUCAGACUUAUGAACUUGUCGAAAGCUUGAAAAAUGUCAUAUAUGAGCCACUUAAGGAUAAAGUCAAGGGAUUCUCUGACAAAAUUGAGUCUCUUGAUGAUUGUUUCGAAGAUCAUUUUAAGAAAUUAAAGCAUGCCAAAGAGAAGCUUAUCAGCAUUGAUAGUAACUACAGCCAUUAUAGUCAACAACUGUCUGAUAUUUUGAAGAAGAUGGGAUAUGACUCUAUCGAUCGCAAAAGUGAUUUCUUUGAUGACAAAUUGUUCUAUUCAUUAAACUCAAAAAUGAAGACUGUUGAUAUCAGAGCAAAAGAAGUUGAGAACCAAACUAAUGAGCUCAAUAAACUCGUGUCUUCUUAUAAGACAGAUAUGGAAUCUAAAAUCCAUGACCUUGAAGAAAUGGAAGAUGAACGGAUCCAAGGGAUUAUUGAUGCACUUAAUCAGAUGAAUAUCUUCCAGACCAAUUGUGAUAUGAACAACAAGUAUGAUUGUAAUCAUUUUUAUCAAACUGUUGAGAAUAUUAAGACUGAUCAGACUGUUAUGGAAUAUAAAGCUCUAUUCGAUCCAGCCCCAAUGCUAAACAUCCAAACCUUCAAAUUCAAGCUCUAUGAUGAACUGAUUACCAAAUCUGAUAUUGAGAUGGACUCUAUUGCUGAACCUGAGGAAGCCCAGCACAAAGGAAAGAUCAUGAAGUUUGUUUCUAAUAUUUCCUCUGAUGAGCUUGAUUUCUCCGAGUUUGAAAAAUUAAUGUCUGUAAAGCUGAAUCGGUACUUAUUUGUCUCUAUAAUGAACAAGUACAUUCCAAAGUCAUUACCAUGCAAGAAGUCUUACAAUAAUUUGAGCACUUUGUUCAACUAUUGCUUAAAAGGAUGUAACAGGAAUGAUGAUGCUGAUUACCUCAAAUGAAUCCUCAGCUCAUCCAGCAAGAUCUACUUCGAUGAAGAGGAAGAAGAAGACUCUGUUAUUAGAACUUACGUCACUGAAGGCAUCAGGAGAAAUAAGAUCUGGGAUAACUGAGCCAUUUGGGGCAAAGCCAUCUUUAAAGACUUUAGAGAUAUUUUAGUAAAAUUUAAGAUCCCAAAGGAACAAGAAAGAGAAGUUGAUAAGGAUGAGGUCCUCAGAAAUAUCUUCUUCAAUAGACUAAGAUACUACGUUGAGAAGUUGGUGUACUUCGACAUGGAUAAAAAGCUGUUACUGAAGAUCAUUGAAAAGUUCCAUAUAAGCUAUAAAUUUACAAGGGAGCAGAACCAGUUCCUCAAGGCCACAGUAGAAGCAAAGGAAGUUGAAAUGGCUCCUUGCGACGAAUUAUUUGAUGAGGAUGCUAAGCGGCAACUUGCAAGUGGGUCUCUUACUAAAAAAAUGGGAAGCUGGAUGAACGAUAUAGGAAAAUUUAGUGUCUCAGCCAUGAGCAAAAUGAAGACUUAUAUCAAAAAGAAAGAAAUCGAUGAAGACCCUAUAAUUGAUUGCUAUGAUGACUGUGCCAUCGAAGAAGAGGACAAUUCUAAUGCAGAUACAAAUGGCAGCUCAAAAGGGAGCCCUAAAUACAAUGGAUCUAAGAGACUGACAGCCUUAGUCAAAGUAGAGAGUGCAAUUGAAGAUUUUUCAAAAGAUAAGAAAGAUAGCAUUAUAAGCGAACUUGAAAUUAUUCAAAAGCAAUCUACUAAUUCUACUUUUAAUAAAACAAAGGAUCCAUCAAAGCGUUCUCAGACGAAAGAAAAUAGUGUCUCAAAAAAUGUCCAAGAAUAUCUUAAUCCAUCUUCUAAAGAAGAAGAGAAGUAUGUAAAGCCAUCUAGCCCUCAAUCAAGUCCUUCUAGCCACUCAAAGUCUCAUAACCCCCCAGGAAGCAUGCCAUCCGACAUUCCCAGUUCCAUAAAUUCCCAAAUUUCAAACACAAAUACUCUCAGAAUGACCCAAAUCCAUUCUUAUCCAAAUUCAGAAGGAGAAAAAUCGAACGAAACCACCGAAGCUAUCUAAUUCCUCAAAAAAACCAUCCUCC